CCGGCUCCCGCCCCCACCGCGACGCCGCCGCCCCCAGCGCCGCUCCCCCUCAGGAGCCCGGGCUCGGCUCGCGGGCAGAACGGUCUGCGGCGCCGCACGGAACACCGACUUGAGGCUCCAGACGCCGUGGCUCUCGGUGGAGCGGGCCCUGCGCGGCGCCGACUCGGCCUGGACGCGUUUCGUCCAAAAAAAGUCUCGACCGCCGAGGGCCCCAUGGCAGACCUGGUGUGUGAGCGCUUCUAAGCCAGGCUGGUGAUGAGCUUGGGUUCUGUGGCACCACAGUUGCCUAAAAAAAAUGUUAGAAGUUCCUUUCUUUGACCAGGCCUUAGAAUUUAAACCAUAGUCAACUGAAGAGCGUAGGUAGAGUGAAGUAGGGCAACCACAUGUUAAGAAAAUGAUUUGUGGUCUUCAUUUUUAAAAGAAGCUUUCAAAAUAAUUUAUCAAGGAAGAGUCUACAGUACAUUUUGGAUGACAGUGUAAAAAAAAAAAAAUCCUGUCAUACGUGCCUGAGACUUCAAAACCCAUACCCUGCCUUACAAAUCAGGCCUUAUAAUUAAUUGCAGGUUAUUAUAUCGUGUUUAUUUUCUCUUUUCCUUUUUUUUUUUUGGCUUUUUACAAUUAUAAAAGUAAGGCAUUCAUUAACGAAAAUCUGGAAUACAGGAAAGGGAAGUGAUGCCUGGCUCCACCACCAAAACUCAAUUCUUUUAGGUGUGUAGUCCUCUAAGCGAACAUUUUUCUUAAAUCCCUCACUAUUCCUCUUUAAAAAACGAAAAUUUCUGCUAUGUAUCAUUGAAAAUCCAACAGCCACUAAAUUGAUGCAGAAAAGGUAUGAUUAAAGUGCAGUCUUUGAGGAAUGAACUGCUCUAAUUAGUUUGUCCUGUUAGCCAAGGCAUAGGCAGAAAAUCUUUCCCUUUAAAACUUCUUUUAAAAUCUUAUCCUAACAUGAAUAACCUUUCCUGAUUUAGUAUAAGUAACAUAAUGAAUGUAAUUUAUUAUAAUUUGUUGCUUGAGGAUGUUGAAUGAUCCAGUUGUGAUGCUCUAUGACAUAGUCUGUGCCAGUGACAGUAUAAUACUGAGGUGUGUGAAUAACAGGCAGAUGUGGGUGACUGGACUCAUUUGUACAGACUCCAAAAUACAGUUUUAAAAAAUAAUCUCUCAUUUAAAAAUAGAUGCAUACUGGCUUUGAAAAUGGAAAAAGGUGUGGGAAGUCAAGGAAUGUGGGUGGCCUCUGGAAGCCAGCUUUCAGAAAAGGCAAGGAAAUGGAUUCUGUUAGAGCUUCCAGAAAGCAAAGCCAACACCUUGAUUUUAACUCAGUGAGACAGAACGUCCGGACCACUGACCUUACAGAACUGUAAGAUAAUAAAUUUUUGCUAAGUUGCUAAAUUAGUGGUCCUUUGUUGCAGCAGCCGCAGAAAACUAAUAUACAUGGAAUGGGAAACAAGGUGGAGUUACAUAAAAGACGUCUUUUGAGCAGCCUGAGUAAUAGGAUCAGCCCUUGAACAUGGACUUGGCUUCUCCCCAGUGGCAGACCUGGGACAUAACUGUGAGCAAAGAGUACUGGAGAGUACAUGCAUUCUCACUACUAAUAUGCACUUUUAUUCAACAUAGUACUGGAAGCCUUCGCCACAGCAAUCAGACAACAAAAAGAAAUGAAAGGCAUCCAAAUUGUAGGCUUUAUGCCCAGCGUGGAGCCCAGUGUGGGGCUUGAACUCAAGCCCCCAAGAUCAAGACCUGAGCUGAGAUCAUGUGUCAGAUGCUUAACCAGCUGAGCCACCCAGGUUAAACUGUAUCUGCUACCAAAUCAGAAGAAAAGGUUCCUGCCAUGAGAAGUACACACAGACUUUCUAAGAGAAGUCCUGGAGGCUCAAGGAACUUUUUCUAAUCUUUCCAGGAGAUGGGACCCACCCUUGGCUUCUUUCUAUGCCAGUGUUCCUCACACAUCCUGGAUUUGACAAACACAGGGAAAAAAUUGCCUGUUAUAGAGAAUCUCAGUCCAGACUUAUUACAGGGAAAAGAAUCAUCUUGGUGCUCAGAAUACUCCAGGUGGGAAUGAGAUCCCGAAACCAGGGUGGUGAAAGUUCAUCCAAUGGGCAUCUUUCCUGCCCGAAGUCCUCUAUCAUCAGCAAUGCUGAUGAUAAAAGUUUCUCAGAAGAUGCAAAAAAGAAGAAUAAAUCAAACAGAAAGGAGGAUGAUGUCAUGGCCUCAGGAACUGUCAAACGACACCUAAAACCGUCUGGAGAAAGCGAGCGAAAGAAUAAGAAAUCCUUGGAGUUAUCCAAAGAAGACCUUAUACAGCUACUCAGUAUAAUGGAAGGAGAGUUGCAGGCCAGGGAAGAUGUGAUCCAUAUGCUGAAGACGGAGAAAACCAAGCCUGAGGUUCUGGAGGCUCAUUACGGGUCUGCAGAACCAGAGAAAGUGCUCCGAGUCCUGCACCGAGACGCCAUCCUAGCCCAGGAGAAAUCUAUAGGAGAAGAUGUCUAUGAGAAACCAAUUUCAGAGCUGGACAGACUUGAGGAAAAACAGAAAGAAACCUACCGGCGCAUGCUAGAGCAGCUGCUGCUGGCAGAGAAGUGUCACAGGCGCACCGUGUACGAGUUAGAGAGCGAGAAGCACAAACACACUGACUACAUGAACAAGAGCGACGACUUCACCAACCUGCUGGAGCAGGAGCGGGAGAGGUUGAAAAAGCUCCUUGAACAAGAAAAGGCUUACCAGGCCCGAAAAGAAAAGGAAAAUGCUAAGCGACUCAAUAAACUAAGAGAUGAGCUUGUGAAACUCAAGUCCUUUGCACUCAUGCUGGUGGAUGAAAGGCAAAUGCAUAUUGAACAACUUGGCCUGCAAAGCCAGAAAGUACAGGAUCUUACUCAGAAACUGAGGGAAGAAGAAGAAAAGCUCAAAGCCAUUACUUCCAAAUCCAAAGAAGACAGGCAGAAACUGCUCAAGUUGGAAGUGGAUUUUGAACACAAGGCUUCGAGGUUUUCUCAAGAGCAUGAAGAGAUGAAUGCUAAAUUGGCUAAUCAAGAGUCUCACAACAGGCAACUUAGACUCAAGCUGGUUGGCUUGAGUCAGAGAAUUGAGGAACUGGAAGAGACCAACAAAAACCUUCAAAAGGCAGAGGAAGAACUUCAGGAAUUAAGAGAUAAAAUUGCCAAAGGGGAAUGUGGCAACUCCAGCCUUAUGGCUGAAGUGGAAAAUCUCCGGAAGCGCGUGUUAGAAAUGGAGGGUAAAGAUGAGGAGAUCACUAAAACUGAAUCCCAGUGCAGGGAGUUGCGGAAGAAGCUGCAAGAGGAAGAACACCACAGUCGGGAACUCAAACUUGAAGUCGAGAAGUUACAGAAGAGAAUGUCUGAACUGGAGAAAUUGGAGGAAGCAUUUAGCAAGAGUAAAUCUGAGUGUACCCAGCUACAUCUAAACCUGGAGAAAGAAAAGAACUUAACCAAGGACCUGCUAAAUGAGCUGGAGGUGGUCAAGAGUCGAGUUAAAGAACUGGAAUGUUCUGAAAGUCGAUUGGAAAAGGCUGAAUUAAGUCUAAAAGAUGACCUUACAAAGUUGAAGUCAUUUACUGUGAUGCUGGUUGAUGAAAGGAAAAAUAUGAUGGAAAAAAUAAAGCAAGAAGAGAGAAAAGUGGAUGGACUCAAUAAAAAUUUUAAGGUGGAACAAGGAAAGGUUAUGGAUGUAACUGAAAAACUAAUUGAAGAAAGUAAGAAGCUUUUAAAACUGAAAUCUGAAAUGGAGGAAAAGGUGUACAAUUUGACAAAAGAAAGAGAUGAGUUAAUAGGUAAACUGAAAAGCGAAGAAGAAAAAUCCUCUGAAUUAAGCUGCAGUGUUGACUUAUUAAAGAAGAGACUUGAUGGAAUAGAGGAAGUGGAAAGGGAAAUAACAAGAGGAAGGUCUCGAAAAGGAUCUGAGCUCACCUGCCCAGAAGAUAACAAGAUUAAGGAACUAACACUUGAAAUUGAGAGACUGAAGAAACGCCUCCAACAAUUGGAGGUGGUUGAGGGGGAUCUGAUGAAGACGGAGGAUGAGUAUGAUCAGUUAGAGCAGAAAUUUAGAACUGAGCAGGACAAGGCUAAUUUCCUCUCUCAACAACUGGAGGAGAUAAAGCACCAAAUUGCCAAAAAUAAAGCAAUCGAGAAAGGUGAGGCUGUGAGUCAGGAAGCAGAGCUGAGACACAGAUUUCGGUUAGAAGAAGCUAAAAGUCGAGACUUAAAAGCCGAAGUACAAGCUCUUAAAGAGAAGAUCCAUGAAUUAAUGAACAAAGAAGAUCAACUUUCUCAACUUCAAGUGGAUUAUUCUGUCCUUCAACAAAGAUUUUUGGAAGAAGAAAAUAAGAACAAAAACAUGGGGCAGGAGGUCCUCAAUCUGACCAAAGAGUUGGAGCUUUCGAAGCGUUAUAGCCGAGCUCUUCGACCCAGUGUGAAUGGGAGAAGAAUGGUGGAUAUUCCUGUGACGUCAACUGGAGUGCAGACUGACGCGGUGAGCAGUGAGGCGGCAGAGGAAGAAACACCAGCAGUAUUUAUACGGAAAUCCUUUCAAGAAGAAAAUCACAUCAUGAGCAAUCUUCGACAGGUAGGAUUGAAAAAACCUAUGGAACGAUCCUCUGUUCUAGAUAGGUAUCCUCCAGCAGCAAAUGAGCUCACUAUGAGAAAGUCUUGGAUUCCAUGGAUGAGAAAAAGGGAAAAUGGGCCCCCAAUCACUCAGGAGAAAGGGCCUCGAACAAAUCCCAGUCCAGGGCACCCAGGAGAACUGGUCCUUUCACCAAAGCAAGGCCAGCCUCUGCAUAUUCGAGUGACACCAGACCAUGAGAAUAGUACUGCAACUUUGGAAAUAACAAGCCCAACAUCUGAAGAAUUUUUUUCUAGUACCACCGUCAUUCCUACCUUAGGGAAUCAGAAACCAAGGAUAACCAUUAUUCCAUCGCCAAAUGUCAUGUCUCAAAAACCAAAAAGUGGAGAUGCUACUCUUGGCACAGAACGAGCCAUGUCCCCGGUCACGAUUACUACAUUUUCUAGAGAGAAGACCCCAGAAAGUGGAAGAGGUAUGUUUGCAGACAGGCCCACAUCCCCCAUUCAGAUAAUGACAGUGUCUACAUCAGCAGCACCAGCUGAGAUUGGAGUCUCUCCUGAAUCCCAGGAAAUGCCCAUGGGAAGGACUGUCCUCAAAGUCACCCCAGAAAAACAGACUGUUCCAACUCCACUACGGAAAUAUAACUCCAAUGCCAAUAUCAUAACCACGGAAGACAAUAAAAUUCACAUUCAUUUAGGUUCUCAGUUUAAACGAUCCCCUGGGACUUCAGCUGAAGGAACAAGUCCAGUUAUUACUGUCCGACCUGUCAACGUGACAGCUGAAAAGGAGGUUUCCACAGGCACCGUCCUUCGCUCCCCUAGGAACCAUCUCUCAUCGAGACCUGGUGCGAGCAAAGUGAUGAGCACUAUCACCAUAACACCGGUCACAACCUCAUCUACUCGAGGAACCCAGUCAGUGUCAGGACAAGACGGGUCAUCCCAGCGACCUACACCCACCCGCAUUCCUAUGUCAAAAGAAAGCAUCGUCAUUCACCAGUUACGAAUGAACUCCAGAUGAAAUGGUAAACCAAGCACAUACUGGGUGUGUGUACUUCCUCUGAAUCCCUGUUGAAUGAAUAGUAUUUCUACAGCCCUUCAUCAUCACUAAGGUCCUCUGUGCUACUGAUCACUACUGGGAAUAAUUUUCUACUUCCAGUGAUUUUUUUUUUGAAGAUAUAAUGUAAAAGCUGAAAAUGGCAUUGCUGAUAAUAUGAAAAUAGGUAGCAAGAGCAAUUCACUCUUUGUGUCAAAAUAAAUUUCUCUGCCUUUUGUAAAGCUUUCAGGUCCAUGGGCACAUGCUAUGUAAUUUAUUUUUAUAAUAUACUCUGUAAUGUGAUUUUUUUCCUAAAGUGUUUCCUUUUUCGUAGUCUAUGGCACAUAUACCUGUAGAAUACACUAUCAGUUAUUCAAAGUAUUGGUACUGGUGCAUUCAAAAUGGAAACCUAUAAUUAUUUUCCUUUAUCAAUUUGUUAUUUUUCUGAAGGAAAAGAAAGUACAACACUCUAUAUAUUUCCUGGGGUAAAUUCAAAACAUAAAGUAGAAGCAGGAGAUUCUAGAAGAGAUUUUAUUAUUGCCGUACAAUACUGUGUCUGAUCAUGGCUCCACAGUAAUAACGCUGAUUUAAGAGUUUAAUUUUAAAUACCUAGAGCCAGUUUUAAAAGUUGCUCUUUCUAGUGUUCUGUGCCAAAACCCCUGGAUGAAUUGAAUUUCAUACGGAACAAAUUAAUAAAAGGAGAUAUGUAAGUUUAACCAGUAAGCGUUAUGGGAAUUGCUUUGACUGACAGUUCAAUUAUAUUUCUGUUUUCAUUAUUUGCUUAUAUAUACAAGACUUAUAUUAAGGACUGUGAUAUCAAGAUAUUUCUCACAGUCUGCCCAAAUGAAAGCCCGAAAAAUAAAAAAUGACCUAGGUAAUGUCUGCAUCUUUUAAAAAAAUGGUAAGAGAAAUCUCAUGAUAGAUAACAUUUUUUCUUCUCGAUAGGUAGGAUUUAGAUAUUUUUUCAUAACUGCAUAUAGGUUGCAGAAUAUAUUCUUUAAAGAUAAAAGCACAAUGUGCUUUACUCAAAUCUCAGUGUCAGAGCUGCUGUCGAAUUUAGGUUUAUGGAAAAAUGUGCAUCUAAAGUCUACUUGAAACCCUAAUAACAAAGGUUUUUAAAAAAAGACUUUGCUAACGUGGAUAUGUUUUCAAUAAGGUGUUUAAAAAGAUAACUUUAAAGGUAAAUGAAGAAUUGACAUACUAGUUUCUGAAUGUAGAAAUCAUAUAUCAUGUAACUCUACUGAGAUUAAAGAAAGAAUGCUUCCCAGUGUCACAUGAAUACCUAAAAACCACGCAAACAACACUGUUGGCUCAUUUCUCUAGUUGACAGGUUGUAUCCAGGUUAUAAGCCCAUAGAGGUGAGUCCACAAUGAGUCCCUGGAAUAGAAAAAUUAAUUUGACUUCUUCCCCCUAGGUACCUUUGGAAGGUUUUAAGGUAUACUUUGUGGAAUUAGCAAUCAUAUUUGGUAGAUAUUAUAAAUUAAAUUAUAUUUUAUGUAAAAUUAGUUUGAUUUUUGUAAGUAAAAGAAAUGCUAUGGUAGGCUUGUCCUAGCUUGAAUGAUUGUGAAAGUAUCACAUAUCCUUCAGAGCUUUUGAUUAACGAUUAAGCAAACUAGAGUGUGUAUGUGUGAAGAUUUUAAAAACUGUUGCUAGGAAUUUUGUUUUCUGAAAAUGUUUCUGAACUGUAAAGGCAUUUUCAAUUAGAAAAGGGUUUUAUCUUGUAUUGUUAUCUUUUUUUGACACACAGUUAAGUUACCUAUUUGCCCAUGGUUAUACUUCUGAUGGCAAAAUAUUCUGAUAUAUCACAAAUUAGCAUUUGAAGCAAUAACUUUUUCUCAACUUGCAGGAAUUUUAUUAAGCUAACAGUGAAAAGGCUAGAGAAUGAGACUUUACCUCUGGAAUUUAAAAUAUUACAAGUAAUUCACUUGGAUCUGAAGUUUUAAUUUCUCUUGACUUUAUAAUAAAAUUUGGUACUUGCGAUGCAAAGUAUGGUGGUGCGAUCAGAGUCACUUAGAUGGAUGCUGAGACCUUUUCUGCUCAUGCUGUGAUCAAGUCCUCUGUGCAAACCUAAAUGGAAUCUGAGUGACAGAUGAGUAAAACUAAUAAAAAUUAAUACAAAAAUUGUUCUGAAAUAAAAAAAUAUUAAAAAUUAACAGAAAAGUGAAACCACCAACUAGUUGUAUCCUUAUCUAAUGAAUAAACAAAUAAGAUCAUAAAUAGUCUUAUCCCAAUAUCCACAUCCAAUUGAAAAAAUUGCCUCCAUGUGCAACCCUGGAACCAUCCUAGACUCACAUAAUUUCUAUAUCUUUCAUUGUAAGUAAAUCUCCAAUCAUCAAUAUGAAAGAUAAUCAAUUUUGAAUGGAAGAAUUGUAUUUUCUGAAAUGAUUCCAGUUUAAAGUGCAACAAUUGAACUACCCAUUAUUUUACCCCCUUUUUUUUGAUAAGAGCAUUUUUUGAGGUAUCUUCUGUAGAGAUUUUUUGAGGUAUGUUCUGCAGACAGUGGAUAAAUUUUCCAGAUGAUAGAUGCCUAGAAUGUUCACAAAAUGUGAAGAAUUAAUUGUCUCUUAGGACAACCAUAAAAAAAAAAAUUCAUGAUGUGGAAUACCUAGCUUAAGCAUUAAAAAAGACACUAGCGCUAUUGAAAUAAUUCACAGGUUCUAAAAACCAGUGGUAGAGCAAGAGUAAAUGUUGGAUCAGACAAAAUGACAGACAAUAUUUUGAUAAUAUCAGACAAUAUUUUGUCAAUAUUUUGACAAUUUCAGACAAUAUUUUGUUCUUUCUCUUUUUGCUGUGGUUGAAUUUUCCUGGAAGUGAAUAAAAACCAGCAAAAGUUGGGUGUGUUAUGAAUCUGAUGAGGAACAAUUCUAAAAUAACAACAAUGCAAAAUGGAAGUUAAAAAAAUCCCACAACUGGCACCUGAGGCAUACAACCCCCCUUGGACUCCAGUGCUAAGCUCCUGCUAAAGAUACUAAUUAGAAGGCAAAGAGGAAAACAAUAAAAAUUAUUGUAAUAAAUUCAUAAAAAUUAGGAAAUUUUCCUGAAAUUAAUUAGUGUUUAGUGACCACUAAUAUUUUAUUGUCUUACAUUGUCAACAUUUACUCCAUAACUAUAUGAUAACAUAGGGAAACAUAUGAUACAUAGGGAAAAUGUUACAGAUUAAUAAAUUUGAAUAGAAAUGUUUAUAGGUGUCAUCACAUAAUACGUUUAUUUUUUGGUGUUGUUUUUUCAUUUAUAUCGUUUAGGUAAUUUUGCCUUACCAUUCACAGAUUUUGUUAUUUUUACCAGUGCAGAUUGUAUUUAUUUAGAUUUUGUUUAAAAAAUAUCAGAUGUCAGCCUCUCCAUUAUAAGAGGCUUACAUGGUGAUCAGAUAUUCUUACAAGUCUUGCAGUUUAAUUAAUGGAUUUACGAAAGCAAAAAAGUGCAUUGAGAAAUUUUGGUGUUACAUUAUAUUUUCACAGCAUUAUCAAUUUUGUCUCCUUUAAGUUUUAUUAAGUACAUGAGAAGUUUGUUAUUUUUCACUCCAGCCAAGUGAAUUUAUGGGUAUCUACUUGUCUUUUAUAUGAAUGUAAUAUCUUGCUUUCAGUUCUUCAAAGGUUAUUGAAAUUAUUUAGCCAACUAAGGUGUUCUCUUUGUGUCAUUUCCAAAGUCAACCAUGUUUAUCCAAGUCUCACUAGAGAGUGAGAAAAAGAAUAAUUGUGAUAUAAAAACAUUGUGCAAUAUUCUUUUUUGAGUUGGAACAUAAUAUUCGUAAAAUUAAAAUCAUUUAAAAUGAGGA